AAGUGCCUCAUUUUGCGUCCACGCGAACUCAAUCGUCAUGGAGUCCGUCGCGGUCGUGGCAGUGCCGUUCCCGGCGCAGGGCCACCUGAACCAGCUGCUACACCUGUCGCUGCAUCUCGCGUCCCGGGGCCUGCCCGUGCACUACGCCGCGCCGGCGCCGCACGUCCGCCAGGCGCGGUCGCGCGUGCACGGCUGGGAUCCCCAGGCCCUGGCCUCCGUCCACUUCCACGACCUCGACCUGCCGGCGUACGAGCAGCCGCCGCCGGACCCAACCGUCCCGACGUCCUUCCCGUCCCACCUGAUGCCCAUGCUGGACGCCUUCGUGUCCCACGCGGGGGCCCCGUUGGCCAGGCUCCUCGCACGUCUCUCCGCCCGCCACCGCCGCGUCGUCGUGGUUUACGACCGCCUGAGCUCCUUCGCGGCCGUCGAAGCGGCGGGGCUGCCCAACGGCGAGGCGUUCUGCGUGCAGUGCGUGUCCGUGUCGUACAACGUCGCGUUCAAGGACGCCGCGCACCGGCUCCUGCGCGGCCACGGCCUGGAGUUCCACCCCGUGGACGCGUGCGUAUCCAAGGAGUUCGAGGAGUACAUCGCCAAGACGUGGCAGGACGGGCAGGGAACGACGGUGCGCGGGCUUGUCGUGAACACCUGCCGCGCGCUGGAGGGCGAGUUCAUCGACGUGGAAGCCCACAGUCCGGAGUACGGCGGUCAGAGGAUCUUCGCCGUCGGGCCAUUAAACCCGCUGCUCCUCGACGCGACAACGACGACAACGACGACGCCAGGGCUGCCGCGUCACGAGUGCCUGGACUGGCUGGACAGGCAGCCGCCGGCGUCGGUGCUGUACGUGUCCUUCGGCACCACGUCCUCGCUGCUCGCCGAGCAAGUUGCGGAGAUCGGCGCGGCGCUGCGCGACAGCAAGCACCGCUUCAUCUGGGUGCUCCGGGACGCCGACCGCGCCUCACACGAUGAGGAAGCUACCGAAAGCCGGCACGCCAGGGCGCUGUCCUCCCUGCCCGGAUUUGCGAGGCAAACCCAAGGGACGGGGCUCGUGAUCACCGGGUGGGCGCCGCAGCUGGAGAUCCUGGCGCACGGCUCCACGGCGGCCUUCAUGAGCCACUGCGGCUGGAACUCCACCGUGGAGAGCCUGAGCCACGGCAAGCCGAUCCUCGCCUGGCCCAUGCACUCGGACCAGCCGUGGGACGCCGAGCUCCUCUGCAAGUACCUCAAGGCCGGCCUUCUCGUGCGGCCGCUGGAGAAGCGCGACACGGUGGUACCGGCGGAGGCCAUCCGGGAGGUCAUCGAGAAGGCGCUGGUGUCCGACGAAGGAUUGCAAACGAGGGAGCGAGCCAAGGCGCUUGGCGAGUCCAUCCGCGCAUCCGUGGCCGAUGGCGGAUCGUCGCACAAGGACCUGGAGGAAUUCAUCACUUAUAUUGCAAGGUGAAGCAACUUACCAGGAGGCCUUUACCAUGACUUGCAAAAACACACGGGCACGCCGGGUCAUGUGUUCGGUACUUUAGUGCCCGCAUGGUUAUUUCGAUUUUGUUCAGCACGAUGGGAGCGUGGGCUGGCAAUGUCUUUAUUGUAACAUUGUGUAACAAUAUGUUAUGAAUCAGCAGAACAUUUUGCCUGUUCCAGCACUUUAUUUUGCUUUGUAUUGAUGAACUCCUUGUUCAGUUAUAAAUCAAACCCGAGUUGAUGGAAAAA